CGCUCCGCCCCCGGAGUCACUUCAGAAGAGGAGGAAGAGGAAGAGAUGGCCGAAGAUAUAGAAGACUUAGAUCACUAUGAGAUGAAGGAAGAAGAGCCUAUUAAUGGCAGAAAGUCAGAGGAUGAAGGAAUUGAAAAAGAAAACUUGGCCAUAUUAGAGAAGAUUAGGAAGAGUCAAAGGCAAGACCAUUUAAAUGGUGCAGUGUCUGGGUCAGUGCAAGCUUCAGACAGACUCAUGAAAGAGCUCGGGGACAUAUACAGAUCACAGAGUUACAAGACAGGGAUUUAUUCAGUGGAACUGAUAAAUGACAGUUUAUAUGACUGGCAUGUUAAACUGCAGACGGUUGACCCUGAUAGUCCUUUGCACAGUGAUCUUCAGAUCUUAAAAGAAAAAGAAGGCAUAGAAUAUAUUUUGCUUAACUUCUCUUUUAAGGACAACUUUCCGUUCGAUCCUCCGUUUGUCCGAGUGGUGUUACCUGUUCUCUCAGGAGGGUAUGUGUUGGGUGGAGGAGCAUUGUGUAUGGAACUUCUCACAAAACAGGGCUGGAGCAGUGCCUACUCGAUAGAAUCGGUCAUCAUGCAAAUAAAUGCCACCUUAGUCAAAGGCAAAGCCAGAGUGCAGUUUGGAGCAAAUAAGAAUCAGUAUAAUCUAGCAAGAGCCCAACAAUCCUAUAAUUCCAUUGUACAGAUACAUGAGAAAAAUGGCUGGUACACCCCUCCAAAGGAAGAUGGCUAAAUAUGUUGACUGUCAACAUGUGUGGACCAAUGUUGCUUUAAAGAAAAUCUUUCCAACAUGCAGACACAGCUUUGAGUGCCCCAUAACAGCAGUACUGAAGACGUUAGCUAAUAGAUAUUUUAGUGGAUAAUCUGUCAACUGACAUCCAGUAUAAGUUACAGCCUUCUCAUUUUGCUCAUUUUAGAUAUCCUGGACUGAGCAGAGGGGCCUUUCCUAUAUUUCUCCUGAUAAAUACACAUACUGGCCACUCCUUAUCUCUUUUUCUUAAAGUGAAAUCUUUUAGGCAUACAGGGCAGCACCAGGUUACUGAACAGUUGUGACUUUAUGGUAACUUUCCUAUUUUGAGCCCAUGGAUUAUGAGAAUUUGCAAUAUGUUGUUAUAUUUAGAGCCAAUAAAAGUUUAAUCAAUGUUCAGUAUUGGUUUAGAAAAUUUUAGGUCCUCUAAACCAGAUACCUUUGUCACGUCUAAAACCAUUUUAUGAUACUGCCAAAAUGACAA